AGGGGGGGAUUUGGGAAUAUUCUUUGUCCUCACCCCAGCCCGCAGUAGACUACAGCACACAACUGGAGAAGGACACAGGCUCCCCGUAGGAAAGGAAAAAAAACUGGAUGACUUGAUAUUAGAACGGGAAGGCUUUAUUUUAAUAAAGAGAAAACAAGCUCUUGAAAUAAGCGACAACUUCGAGGAGCCGUCGGGCGAAAGCAGAGAACCCCAAAUCACAAGUGAAGGUAAGAGAGCUUCCCUUCUGCUGCUGAGGCAAAAUGAGCUGGAGUUUCCUCACACGCCUGUUGGACGAGAUUUCCAACCACUCAACCUUCGUGGGCAAAAUCUGGCUCACCCUCCUCAUCGUCUUUCGCAUCGUGCUGACUGCUGUCGGGGGCGAGUCAAUCUACUAUGAUGAACAGAGUAAAUUUGUGUGUAACACGCAGCAACCCGGUUGCGAGAACGUGUGCUACGAUGCGUUUGCGCCGCUGUCACACAUUCGCUUCUGGGUGUUUCAGGUGAUUAUGAUCACCACCCCCACCAUCAUGUACCUUGGCUUUGCCAUGCAUAAGAUUGCCCGCAUGGAGGACGAUGACUACCGGCCGCGGGGCAGGAAGAGGAUGCCGAUAGUGAGCCGUGGUGCCAACCGGGACUAUGAGGAAGCGGAGGAUAAUGGGGAGGAGGACCCCAUGAUCCUGGAAGAGAUUGAGCCAGAAAAGGAAAAGGAAGUCGCGGAGAAGCCCAGCAAAAAGCACGACGGACGCCGUCGCAUCAAGCGCGAUGGCCUGAUGAAGGUCUACGUGUUUCAGCUGCUGUCGCGUGCCAUCUUUGAGGCCUCGUUCCUGUUUGGACAGUACGUCCUUUAUGGGCUGGAGGUGGUCCCGUCGUACGUAUGCACGCGCUCCCCUUGCCCGCACACGGUGGAUUGCUUCGUCUCGCGCCCCACAGAGAAAACCAUCUUCCUGCUCAUUAUGUAUGCGGUCAGCGCCCUGUGUCUGCUCUUCACCAUGUUGGAGAUCCUUCACCUCGGCAUCAGCGGUAUCCGGGACUGCUUUUGCGCACCGCGUCCUCAGCCUCCCACCCCCCGUCACCCAGCUCUGUCCAGCCAGAGGUCCUCCAUCUGCCGCCAGCCAUCGGCACCUCCAGGCUACCACACGGCUCUGAAGAAGGACCCGUCGGGAAAAAUGGGCUUCAGGGACAACCUGGGAGACUCGGGCCGCGAGUCGUUUGGCGACGAGGCUUCAUCGCGGGAGCUGGAGAGGCUGCGAAGACACCUGAAACUGGCUCAGCAGCAUCUGGACCUGGCUUACCAAAAUGAGGAGAGCAGUCCGUCGCGCAGCAGCAGCCCAGAGUCCAACGGAACCGCGGUUGAGCAGAAUAGAUUAAACUUUGCCCAGGAGAAGCAGAGCAGUACAUGUGAGAAAGGUCUUCGUGCAUAGGUUCUCAUAAGCUGACACAAGACUGAAAUUUACAUCAGUGACAUCAGGAUCAGUGAGAGGACAUAAGGGAAUCAAAGUGUGUGUGUGUGUGUGUGUGUGUGUCCUUGCUUGAGGUGGAUGAAGUCAGCCCAAGCCUUUCUGUGUUACGGCCAGUUGUGGUGGAAAAGAGGAGAGCGGUCGUCUCAACCAGCAAUACUUGAGACGCCUGUCUGAAGAUCCAAAGUGCUUACAAACUACCGUUGUGCGGCAAGAACGGUUAAGGUUAUCAUGUACUUCUCCCUCAGGGCAGCUAAUAACUGUAAUUUUUUUUUUUUGUGUCUAUAUAUAUUUUUUUAUUACAGGAGAGUUUGUCCUCUUUUGGAAAUUCACAGUGAAUACAUCUCAAGUUUGCCUUAGAUCUAAACUCUGUUUUAUGGCAUUUUGUAAAGGUAUGGCCAAGCCAGUUGUAGUGCAAAGAACGUGUUUAUACCGUAGAAAAAUGUUACUUUGUGAAUCUCUGAGUGAGAUGCACAACAAAGGUUAAUGGACAAGGCACCACUCAUAAAAAAUGGUACUGGAGUUAUUGUCAUGCUGAUGAAGACAUUUUGAGUUAAUUUUCAUACAAAGGUUUCUCUCAAGUGUGUCACUAUUUGUUUUUUUUUUUAGUUUUUUUUUAUAAAUAGUUUUUGACUGUUGGCACUGCACCAGUCAACAUUCCCAAGCCUGGUGCUUCGAUGGUAACUGGAACACACUUGGGGUGCCUUUGUCCAAAGGAAUAAACAAACCUGGGUAAUGCUUGAAAAACGUAACUUUUGAUAUUGUCUUGUAUCGUUAAAACAUGUAUUUGAUACUGUUCUUUAUUUUUGUAUUAGUGAGUAUUGUAUUGAAAAGAGGCUACUGUCACUGUGGCAGACAUGAUUUAAUUUUAAAACAACAUUCACAGUCUGCUGUCUUAGUUCCCUGAAGCCUGUCCAUUGACGUGCAUUCUUUUAGUUCAACUGUUCAAUUUUCUUUUUUCAGUACAUUUCAACAAAAAAAUCAAUAACCUGCAACUUAAUAUUUGCACAUGGUCUCAGACCAGCAAACAUUCCCUUUUUUCCGUACAGACCAGGAUUUAAUUGUAUCAUUUGGUUAAAUAAGGGAAAAUACUGUUUGUGUUCCAGGUCGGAAAGAAUCUCAAUGAGGGAUGUAAACAACAUAAUCAUUUCAAUGUAAAUUCAAUGCCUUGAACGCGCUCUGAGAUGCCAUCUUUUGUAUGCUGAAUCAUAACCACAGUGCCAAUUGGUGCCAACUCAAAUAUUGUCAUCUCAAGUUAUUUUGGAACAAUGCUUUUUGUACUUUUUAUACUUUUUGUAUUGAUAGUUCUUCAUGGUUAGUUUUUAAAAUAAAUUUUCCAA